AUGUCUUCAAACAUUAACAGUUCCAGAUUAACACCAAGAUCAUUACAACACGAAUUAUCUCCACUAGAAAAGAAUUCCUUGACUUCUCCUCUAGAAAACAAAACAAUCAAUACUCUAGAUCGAUUUAUCCCACAUAGUACUUCACAAAGAGCUUAUAAGGCCUCAACGUUUUUGAAUCAGUUUUCAUCCGAUGAUGCAAGAAUAUUGGAGGAUACAUCAAGAACACCACAACGACUGUCAUCACCAGAAUUUUUUACAGAUCUCGAAAGAACAAAUUACUAUUCUGCUUUAACACUUGAUCAACUUGGGAAUUCAACUUUAACUAGCUUAUCUAGCGAUUCCCAAUCUUCAAAUAGGAUCAAAAAGACCAAGAAAUGCAAUAAAUUAAAACAAUCGAAGAUGCAUCGAAAAAAUAUUGCCAACUCCCUUAAUCUCUUUUCACAAACAAAAGUUUUCCAGUACAAAAAUGACACAGUUACUAUUCCAACUGAUUUUAAGAAUGAGAUUUCCAAAUUACAAGGAUCUAACGAAAUCGAUCAAAGAGAUAAGAAACCAAGAACUGGAACUUACGGUAGAAAAACUGCAAGACCAAAAUCCAUAGUUCCUUUCAGAGUAUUGGAUGCAAGAGCCCUAAGAAAUGAUUUCUAUACAAAUCUAAUUGCAUGGUCAGCCACAACAAAUAACAUCUUAAUCGGAUUGGGGGCAUCUGUUUACAUGUGGUCAGAAAGAGCUGGCGCUAUUCCUGUCAUGAAACAUAGUAUUCUGGCGGAGAGAAAUGACUUCAUAACCUGUGUUUCAUUUUCACCCUAUAAUAGUAGGAUAAUUAUUGGAACCAAAAAUGGUUCUUUAUUUCUUUAUGACCAAGAUAUAUGUGUUCGUCAUAACAAAAAAUUUAAUGGUCUAGUUGCAUUAAGUCCAAUCCAUGAAUUCAAAAGAGAUACAUCAAAAGGUGUUGCCUGCAUCGAAUGGUUUCAUAACGAGCAUUCCAACUUUAUCGUAGGGGUAGAGUCUGGUGAGGUGUACAUUAUGGAUAUAACGAAUUCAUCAAAUGAUGAAAUAAAUAUUAAACUAAUUGGUGAAUUCCAGGCACAUGGUCAACAAGUUUGCGGACUUUCAAUAAACAAAGAUGACACUGUCGUGGCAAUUGGUGGAAAUGAUAACUCGUGUACACUGUGGGAUAUCUCUGAUCCCAAUUCUCCAUCCUUAAGAUACAUUCUAAAACAUUCGGCAGCUGUAAAAGCAGUAGCAUUUUGUCCUUGGUCGAAGUCGUUAUUAGCAACUGGUGGUGGAAGUAAAGAUAAAACUAUUAAAUUUUGGCAUUCUCCGACAGGUACAUUACUAAAGGAAUAUAAAACCUCCAGUCAAAUUACGUCCCUUAUAUGGUCCAUUAAUUAUAGACAGCUCGUAGUAACUUUUGGAUUUGGUGACAUCGAUAACCCCGUAGUGUUGAUUGCUUAUACUUAUCCUGAUCUUAAUGAAAUGCUCUAUGUCAAGACGCCCACACCACUAAGGGUACUUAGCGCUGUACAUUCACCAAACUGUUCUUCUAUAUGUGUUGCAAUGAAUGAUGAAACCAUUAGAUUCUAUAAGAUAUGGGGAGGAUCUUCAGACGUCAUUAAUGAGUAUCAUGAUAAAGGCCUCUAUGGAUCUGAGAUCAUUGAGUUUAUCGAAGGAAUUCACAAUAGUUACAGAGGGAAGAUAAGAUAA